AUGGCCAGGCAAGCGCGUUUCGCGGCGCCCGAGCCGCUUCAUAUCUUCCAGGACGAGUUUUACGACCACGCAGCUCCUCCAACCAUCAGCCAUGCCCCCAUGCCGCAAGCAUCCAAGCCACAUCGGCAGCCCCUUCAGAGUACCAAUGCCAAUGUGGUGCUGAACCCGCCGAGUACGACUUUUAUCAAGCAGUCGCCGUUCAAGUCCAAUGCCCGGUCAUCAAACGCACCCCUCACCCCUCUCAAGGCGUCACAAGGCAAUAAGCUCAACAUGGUACCGAUGAUGCCCCCCAGCAACUUUCAGCAAUCGACAGACUCUCUGGAGAAGAAACAGCCUCUCAUGUCCAGAUUCAAGACUGUGGCACAGAAGCCUACUCCACCCGAGAUGGGUAUGCAGUUUAUGGGCAAGGAGAAUUCACAUCCUCCGAUAUUUCCGGCCCCGAUGCCCCCUCAGUUCAACAUCCCUCUAGAGAACUACUACCAGAAGCCCUCAGGCAAACGCGUCCUUCUGGAAGCGGCGCCGAUCAAGGAACUUAGGCCAGCGAAGAAGCCGAGACUGGAAGAGCCGCUGCCAACGCCGGAUUCCUUCCCUUCCAUUGUCGACGACGGUGCAAAGCCCGGCCACAGCUAUGCUACCCUAAUCGGAAUGGCGAUCCUCCGGUCCCCGCAGAGGCGUCUUACGCUGGCCCAGAUAUACAAGUGGAUAUCUGACACGUUCUCCUUCUACAAUGCCAACGACGCCGGAUGGCAGAACAGCAUUCGGCAUAAUCUCAGCCUCAAUAAGCACUUCAUCAAGCAGGAACGGCCAAAGGACGACCCGGGCAAGGGAAAUUAUUGGGCCAUCGAACCGGGAGCGGAGCACCUCUUCAUCAAAGAAAAGCCGUCGAGGAAGGCGGCGUCCACCGCCGAGAAUCUUCCCGUCAUGUCGACACGUCUUGAGCCAUCCCAACCUCACAUGUCCUUCAUCCAGGAACCUAUCCUUCCCCCCCAGCUCCCAAUGAGCCAGUCUUCGUUGUCUGCGUUGCCGCCGAUGCCGCAACCUUCGCAGCAUACCAAUGCCCCUCUACCUGAGAUCUCAUCGGACGCGACGAUACCGGUUUCGGACAUGGCAACCCUAGAUGACAUUCCCGAGAGACAGAAUGAGGCGGAAACUGUGAACGAGGCCGACUUGUAUCCCAACCUUCCUGCUGCCAUGCACUCGUCUCCUCCAGUUCCCAGGCAUAUGGACGCCCUCCACAGCGGGACGCCGCCUCCCCCGCUGCAGCUGCAUAACUCAUCCGCGACCAAGUCACGCUCCCGGAAGCGAAGAUUCACGUCGAUGGAUGAUAGCGGCUAUAUCUCAUCCCUCGAGUCCUCGGUAAUGCGCCCUAACCAACACGCCAAACUCCUCACCUCCGAGGCAGACCGUCCGCGAAUCAAGAGAGGUCGGGCGGAAGAAGAAAUUGCACGACUCCGUGCUUCGUCAUACGACAGCCCCUCCAAGGGACGGCCCUUUGGAUAUCAUCCGGCUUCUUCGUCCCCUCUUCGGCAAACUUCCAACAGCGGGCAGGGGCAGAUGUUGCCACCCCUGACGCCCGCCAUGAAGUUGAAAGCGCCUCCAAAGCCCCCGCCGUCUGUCUCUCCAAGCACAAACUUGCGGUUGCACCGAGAGAGCAUCCAGUCCAUGAUGGACUCGCCGUAUAAACGCGUCAAUGCGUUGCUACCGGAAGGAGACAAUCUGCUGCAACUUACACCGGGCUUUAGCGUCGAUGAGGUGUUUUACGGAUACGAUCGGAAGAGUGAAGAGCAUCUAGACCUCGAUAUCUUCCAGGAUUCACCCUACGCGUCUAUAUUUACCGUUACUCCCGCUGCUGUUCGCAAUGGAUCGCCAACUAAGAAGUCGGCUAAGAGGCAACGUAUGGACCGGUCACUGUCUACCAGCGCACUACACGACAUGUCCAACUUUGGUGGCUCGCACAACUUUACCGACUCUUUCCUCAAAGUUCCCGCGCCGUCGGCCAACCUGAUGUUUGAUACCCCAAGCAAGAUGUUUGACAACCUUCCGUCUUCCCCAAGCAAACUAUUCAUGACGUCGCCAAGCAAGAUGCCUGAGAUCAACGACGAAAACGUGGCACCCUUUUUCUCUCUGGACGAUCUUUGUGCUCCAGACUUCCUCGAGGAUAGCGACUUUGCAGGGAUUGAUAUGCUUGCCGGGUUUGAGAAAAUCGGAUCCAAUAAUGCCCAGGCCUCUUCAUCGCGAGGCACGAAGCCUUCUCAGAAGGCGCCGCUCAGCCGGUGCUACACUUCCAACUUCUAG